AGGUCGUUAACGGUAGUUAAGCGUCUCCACACGCUCGUCUCUAAACUUGGGCAUGGAGAAGACCUAUAAAUCCUACCCACGAGACGCUUGUGAAGGAUCAAACAAGCAGAGAAGCUAUUGUAUUUGGAAGGAAAAGAAGCAGAGAGGAAACACAAAUGGAGAUCGUGAAGCAGAUGUUGUUGCUGCUGCUGUGCUUCCCAUGCCAUGGCAUGGGAACAACAGCGGGUUCGGGGAAGGACAAGAGCUCGGGCACCUUCGAUGUCAAGGAUUUCGGUGCCAAGGCUAAUGGCAUGAGUGAUGAUAGCAAGGCGUUCCUGGCAGCUUGGGAUGCAGCUUGCAAGUCAUCUGGUAAGGUGAAGAUUUUGGUGCCCAGCGGCACAUACCUGCUCAAUCCUGUUAAGUUCAGCGGCCCCUGUCGAGAUGUCCAGACCUUGGAGUUCAUGUUGCAGGGCACGUUGAAGGCAACGACGGACUUGAACAAGUUCGGGGACGGCGAGGGCUGGGUGCAGUUUGGACGUGUCGACGGGCUGACCGUGACUGGUGGCGGGACCUUCGACGGCCAGGGCGCCGUCACCUGGCCCUACAACAAGUGUCCCAAGGAGAAGAACUGCAAAGUCCUACCAACCUCGGUGAAGUUCGUGAACACCAACAACACGAUCGUGAAGGACAUCACCUCGCUCAACAGCAAGUUCUUCCACAUGGCGCUGCUGGGCUGCCACAACUUCAAGGGGAGCGGCAUCACCAUCACCGCCCCGGCCACCAGCCCCAACACCGACGGCAUCCACAUGGAGGGCAACUCGGGGGUGACCAUCGCCAGCUCCAAGAUCAGGACCGGAGACGACUGCGUCUCGAUCGGCCACGGCAACUCCUUCGUCACCAUCUCCGGCAUCACCUGCGGCCCUGGCCGUGGCAUCAGUGUCGGAAGCCUGGGGAGGUACAAGGACGAAGAGGAUGUACAGAACAUCGUGGUGAAGGACAGCAAGCUCAUCGGGACGAUGAACGGAGUGCGCGUGAAGACCUGGGCCAACUCGCCGGUCAAAACGAGCGCCAUCAACAUGACCUUUGAGAACCUGGUGAUGAGGAACGUCGGCAAUCCCAUCGUCAUCGACCAGACCUACUGCCCCUACGACAAGUGCGACAACUCGGCGUGGUCCAAGGUGAAGCUUAGCGACAUCCACUUCAGGAACAUAAAGGGGACGACGACGUCACCGGUGGCGGUGACGUUGAAGUGCAGCAAGGGGAUGCCUUGCGAGAAGCUCAGCCUCCACGACGUCAACCUCCAACACGCCGGUCCCGGGAACAUAUCCUCCGCCUGUCUCAACGUCAAGGCAGAGUACAGUGGCACAAACAACCCCCCACCGUGCGAGUAAUACAUAUAGCAUGAAUAACUAAUUUACUAGGCAUAUACAAGUGUUUUGGCAUCCAUCUAGCCAACAAAGUGAGGCAGGGCUACAAGACGGGAUGAUAUGAUUGUAAGACUUAAGAACUUAUGUGUUCCUGUAUGGGAUGAGAUGAAGUGAUGGCUCUUUGAUGUCGCCCUUCACCUACUGUAUUGAUGAAAUUGUUCAGAUAUAUAUUACUCAUUGCGAUACCGCAAUA